GUACACAGUGCGCUCUUGGCCUGAGGCUCGCUCCCCUCCAGCUUACGCUUCAUUGUUCUCCAAGUCAGAAGCCCCGCAGCCGCGGCGACCGCGGCAGCAGCGUGAGCCGGAGUCAUUGCUGGCUGCUUCGCCCGCGGUGCGCGCACCAAAGUCGGAGAACCGGGAACCCAGGGAGCCCUCGCUCCGCCCGCAGCACCUAGACCAGGACCCACCCGCAGCGCCCACUGAGCUCCAGUCGCUCUCCAGCGCAUCCACCUCCGCGCACCCCAGCGCAGAAGAAGCGCGCGGGGGGGGGGGGGACGACACCCUUUCUCCCGGGGCCAUCACUCUUAUUCGCCCUUUCGCAAGAAUUUGAGCAAGCGCUGCGGGAAGAAGACGUCCUCUUGAAUCUCUGACAGGGGCGGGGUCUACUGCUGUCCUGCAGGGCCACCUCGCCUACAGUGCCCUCCACUACGACCCGGACCUUCCCGGGUCACAUCAGGAAUCAUGAAGCGCCUGGUAGCUGUCUGGCUUCUGGUUGGACUCAGCCUCGGUGUGCCCCAGUUCGGCAAAGGUGACAUUUGCAACCCCAAUCCAUGUGAAAAUGGUGGCAUCUGUCUGUCGGGAUUGGCUGAUGAUUCCUUUUCCUGUGAGUGUCCAGAGGGCUUCACAGAUCCCAACUGCUCUAGUGUUGUGGAGGUUGCAUCAGAUGAAGAAGAGCCUACUUCAGCAGGUCCCUGCAUCCCCAAUCCAUGUCACAACGGAGGAACCUGUGAGAUAAGUGAAGCGUAUCGAGGAGACACAUUCAUAGGCUAUGUUUGUAAAUGUCCGCGAGGGUUUAAUGGGAUUCACUGUCAGCACAAUAUAAAUGAAUGUGAAGCUGAGCCUUGCAGAAAUGGUGGAAUAUGUACAGACCUUGUUGCUAACUAUUCCUGCGAAUGCCCAGGAGAAUAUAUGGGAAGAAAUUGUCAACAUAAAUGCUCUGGGCCAUUGGGAAUCGAAGGCGGAAUCAUAUCCAAUCAACAGAUCACAGCUUCGUCCACCCACCGAGCUCUUUUUGGACUCCAGAAGUGGUAUCCCUACUAUGCUCGCCUUAAUAAGAAGGGACUCAUAAAUGCCUGGACAGCUGCUGAAAAUGACCGAUGGCCAUGGAUUCAGAUAAAUUUGCAAAGAAAAAUGAGAGUUACUGGCGUUAUUACCCAAGGAGCAAAAAGGAUUGGAAGCCCAGAAUACAUAAAAUCCUACAAAAUUGCCUACAGCAACGAUGGGAAGACCUGGGCAAUGUACAAAGUGAAAGGCUCCAAUGAAGACACGGUGUUUCAUGGAAAUGUUGAUAACAACACACCUUAUGCUAACUCUUUCACGCCCCCAAUCAAAGCUCAGUAUGUCAGACUCUAUCCCCAAAUUUGUCGAAGGCACUGUACUCUAAGAAUGGAGCUUCUUGGCUGUGAACUUUCAGGCUGUUCAGAACCUUUGGGGAUGAAAUCAGGACAUAUACAAGACUACCAGAUCACGGCCUCCAGUGUCUUCAGAACACUCAACAUGGACAUGUUCACUUGGGAACCAAGGAAAGCCCGGCUGGACAAACAAGGCAAAGUAAAUGCCUGGACCUCUGGCCACAACGACCAGUCACAGUGGUUACAGGUUGAUCUUCUUGUCCCUACCAAAGUGACAGGCAUCAUCACACAAGGAGCUAAGGAUUUUGGUCAUGUGCAGUUUGUUGGUUCAUACAAGCUAGCCUACAGCAAUGAUGGUGAGCACUGGACUGUGUACCAGGAUGAAAAACAGAGAAAAGAUAAGGUUUUUCAAGGCAAUUUUGACAACGACACUCACAGGAAAAAUGUCAUCGACCCUCCCAUUUAUGCACGACACAUAAGAAUACUUCCUUGGUCCUGGUAUGGAAGGAUCACUCUGCGGUCAGAGCUGCUGGGCUGCACAGAAGAGGAAUGAAGGAACUCCACAUCCCACAAUGCAUUUCUUUAUUUCCCUACAAGUAUCUCCAUGAAAUGAACUGUGCAAAAUCUGAUGGAAGCUGAAUGAGUUUUCCUUUACUCAUGAAAAAGUGUUCAAAUUUAUGGUAGGCUACUAACUGGCUUUUAAAGAGUUCUUAGCCUCCUCUUCAAUAACUUAAUUUAGUUUUUAUUGUACAACUCUCUUAAGUAACAUCACACUAUCUCUGAAUUACAGUCCUCCUUCUCUGAAUUAUAUACCUUGGUUGAAGUAUAGUGGGCAAAGCAAGUCUCCCUUUUACAGCAAAAGUAAAGAAACUCAUAGUCAUCAGAUGAAAGAGUUAAGCGAGAUCUAUGGUUAAUGUUCAACCAACACUUAUAAAACAUUCAAUUUUAGCAAUAAGGUUUUUUUUUCUGUAACAAAUUGGGUUACAAUUGAUUGUUUCCCUGUGCCUAACCCUAUUAGUGUUUAUUACAGAGACUUGGAGAGGAAUAUAUUAUAUGCCAUACCAAUCAUAUAACAAUUCUAUUCUUAUUUUCUUUACUUCUAAUAAAAACUAAGUCCUUUAUGUUCAAGUUUAUAUUAUUUAUAUGUGACAUAAAUCAGUUAUUAUCUUUUCUCAUUGAAUUUUUAUCCUUUAUUUACCUGAAAGUAUUGUGUUUAUUCACAUACAUGGAACAUCUGUUAAUAUUGAACAUACAUUCAACAUGAUUGGUUAUCAGUAAAUGGUUCUAUAUUAAUAUAAGUACAUUGAACCUGAAUUUUUAUUUUUGAAUGAAGCUCUAUCUCAUUUCCAAAGACCUCUUUUGAGAAUCCCUUAUCAUUUAGUUAAAAAGAAAGAGCAACAAAAACACAAAGCCCUGGAAUUUAAAAUUUCAUUUUUGUUUGAAAUAAUAGAAUCAUUCUGUGUGUGUUUAAGAUGUUAGCAAAUCUAUGUGAGCCUAGUGCACAGCUUGGCCAAGUGUACUGAACAUAUCCUUGCAUUUUUCCACUCUUCCUGUGAAAUUAAAACCCCAAUGCUGUUUGAAACCAGCAGUGGUUUCUCAAGAAAGCACAUUGCAGAAUUUGUGAGAAGCAAUGUAUUUACUAAUGGCAAAGUCAUAAACCAUUUUCAAGAUGAAAAUUGAUUUCUAUUUCUUUUGUGCUUCAAACGUCCUAGAAAACUAGGCAAUUAUCAUAAUAAUUUGUUAUUGAUAAUGGCAGAAUCAUUGAUAUAUGUCUCUAAUUAAAGCUCAUGCCGCCUAUAUAGAUGCCCCCAUGCCUAAUUUAUAAUCCUUACAAGUAUUUAUUUUAUAAGACCUUGACAUAGAAUUAUUGGAGUUUUAAACUGAAGGUCCAGGAAAAGAAAGGAUGGUAUGUAUAUGAAAUGCUAAGGCCCUGCAAACACUGCUAUGUUUUGUUUUAUUUUUCCUUUAAUAUGUGUGUUGUAUAAGGAAAGUCACUACUGUUAUGUCCUGUCUGUCCACGUGUUCACAGCAUUUCUCAAUGAUGUAAUUAUGGAGUGUUGUUCAAUCACAGUCAAGAAUUGAAAGAGAAAGUCAAUCAGAUUGCCAUUCUAAACGGCAAAUUCAUUGGUAACCACCAGGCCAAAUGCUUGCCCCAUGCCUACAUGCUUACUGUAUUAGAUUUGUAAAAAAAAAAAAAAAAACGUGCUGAUUUUCAGUAUAUAAAAUGUUGAAUAAUAUUUAACAUUUUCUGCAGACAAAGUGCUAUGUCUUCAAUACUGUUUUCCUACGUAAUGUUUAAAAUUAUCAGCAUAGAAUGGUCAAAAUAGUAUUUUAAAUUAAAAUAGCAUUCCAUACAAUUGCUUAUGUCCUAAAAGUGCAGCUCUUACUGACUAGUUCAUGGUCCUUGUUUCUAUCAGGGAUAGCAGUACUACUAAAUCUGAAGGUGUUUUACUUUGCAAAUUCUUUAUCUUUAAUGUCAAAUUCUAGAAAUUAUAAAUAACAUUUUAUGUCAAAAUACUUUUUCAAAACUAUUCAUGGCUUCAUAAGAUAUUUUGAAUUUUGUUUUCUUGAUACCUCUUUAAAAUUUGUGUUCCAGAGGAGUUGGGAUUAAUGGUAUUUGCUACUGUUUGGAAAGUCAGUGAAAGGUUUUCUCUUGCUUAUGCACUUUCCCUCUGCUCGAUGUGCUUUUCAUCACAUGGCAUCCCAGUGGAUAAGCAUUUGUCAACAAAGGAUGCUCACACAGAAAACAGUGGCAAGUACUGGAAAAUAGCUUUCAUUUCAGUUGUAUCUGCGGCUUCAAGCUGAAACAUGAUGUUUUAAUUCUAUUUACAAGUAAAAUUUUACAAACAGCAGAAUGCAGAAGAAUUACCUAGUCUCAUUUUACUAUAUAAUUUUCAUGAUCUAAUUAUGUAAUUUAGGAUAUUAAAAUUAAUUAACUUUUGACAUAUCCAUUUCAUUUAUAUCCCACUGUAAUCAUUUGUCACAGAUACGAAUUUCUCCUUUACGGUUGACUUUCUCUUUGUGAAUGUCUUCAUAAAGAUAAGUAUAAAUUUUGAAAACCAGAUAUUAAUGACUGUAUCUUUGAUAGACAACAAAUUAUGAACUAUAGCAUUGAAUGCUGGCAUCUGGUCUGUCUGUAAGAACAGUUAUAACUAAGGUACACAUAACUUUUGCAAAUUUUCAAGCUGUGUAAUAUUCCAAGUUGUUUUUUGCUUUGUAGAUACACUUAAGUCAUAUAGGAUGUUGUAAAAUCAGUAUGAUCCUGUCUAGUCUUCAAACUUAAAAUAAACUUUUGAAAAUCUACGUUA